AUGGCAUCUGGAACUGCAACUCCCUCGCUCACCGCUCUCAAGCGCCAUCCCGAUCUCCAGCAUCUGAAGAGUGAACAUCUUCAUCCAGCAGCUGCCAGUGGAGAGGGAAUACAUACACCAGAAGGAAUCCUGACGCCAGGUCAUGCCCACCACUUCAGCAACAAGGGCAUAGAUCCGAUCGUCCUCAACUCGUCCCUCAAGCAACACAUCGCACAAGGAGCUGUCAAGGGGGAGCGCAAGCUGAACGACUUCAGCGCUGAUGUUGAAGACCGGCUGAACCCCCACUUCGAUUCGCACUUGGAGGAAAUCAAGAACGCGAUGGCACCUGUGGAGCAUAAGGAUACGUUGGAAGUCCCGACCUCGGAACAGGCCCAGGCGUAA